GUACAACUCAAGUCAUCAAAUAACAGACAAAUAAAAACUCUACCGCAGCAGCGUAUCAUACACCCUUCAACAUGAAGUUCAUCCUUCCACUCUCAUUAUCCUUCUUGGGCAUAAGCCUAUCUGUUGCACAUCGUUCCAUGGAAUCUCAUGUCGAGAUCCGUACAACUACUCACCUCAAGCAAUCCUCCAUCAUAUCAACAUUAUCUCUUCUCCCAACAAUCCAAAAUAUUGCCCUUCUAGUCACCCUCCCGGCACUAGGUAUCUAUACAACAACUCUGAUCGGUAUUGGCAUCAUGUCAAGCAAUGUACAAGCAAUACCCUUUGGCUCGAGUGGCGGUCUAGAUUCAUCGCCGGAUUGGGCGCCAAGCUCAUCAGAGCCGGGCCGUAAGCGACGAGGACAUCUUAGUGAUGUUUCUGUUGUAGCCACUGGCAUUGAACACAAAAACUCCUACCAUGUAGCUGUAGUUUUGAUCAAGAAAUCCGGAGACCUUAUUAGACGCAUAAAUGGACAGCAUGCCGAUUUCGAGAGCCCAAAACAUCUUCCAAAGUUUACCGCUUUGGAUAGUGACAACGCAGAUAAAGGUGAAUCAACAAAUAUCGACCCACUUGAAUCAUGCACAGACUCGAGUGAACAACAUCAUGAUAUAAAAUCAGAUCUCAAAAUCCAGCGCAAUGGCAAUACGCUUCGGUCUAGAGAUGUGAAAUUUGGAUCACUCGUUUCGAGAAGCCGCUGGCAAGAUUUCAUACAUCUCUGCUGGGGUCUAGGGGCUCAUUAUAAUCCGAAUGAACAUAGGUGUGAUGGUGACUGAAUAUAUUUGUAUGGAUCUGAUAUUGGGAGGCUCGGCGGUUUAGACAAUGGUGCGCGGCUUUCUUGUUAAUCUAUUUGGGGUCGUUUUUCGUUAAGGUAUUACUGCUGGGCGGUAAUAAGGGCUUGCAUUUGGCAAUCCAGUCAUUAUCCUUUAGGAAUAGCGUUGAAUUUCAACAUUUUAAACACAAUUGUGAGCUUCA